GUCUGUGUUGAUCCCGCGGGGAAAGUGGUGCCGGAAAACAAAGGCAAAAAAGUAAAAAUUAAUAAACAAUUCAAGCCACCCUUUUCGGGUCGCGAAAGUCACCGGAGUGACUCGAACUCGCCCCGUUGUUUACUCCGUCUCUUUCCCUUCCUCCCACCAUUCAUUUAUUGAUUGAAAUUCCAUCCUCCAUUUUGCCCCACGAGUUCUGUCCGGUUUAGACUACUGACAGCAGACCAUCCAUAACCUCUUUGGCAACCAUCGACAUUGAGUUAUUCUUUCCUUCGUCGAGCGUGGCUAAACUAAACAUACGGUUAACUGCCCAACCGCACGGAUCCUGCAACCUUCUGCAAGCUUAAGUACAGUACCCUCCAAACCGUUAUCAUGGCUGACGGAGAGGAGGACUUCUCCUCUCUCCCAUUGCCUGAACGAUUCACGCACAAGAACUGGAAAGUCCGGAAGGGAGGGUAUGAAGAUGCCAAGCAGCAGUUUGAGAAAUCACCAGAUGAAUCCGAUCCCGUUUUCACACCGUUCAUACAAGACCCGGGCCUAUGGAAAGGGGCUGUCGCUGAUUCAAACGUCGCUGCCCAACAAGAUGGCCUUGCUGCCUACUGCUCCUUCUUAAAAUUCGGCGGCCUUCAAGCCUGCACAAGGACCCGUGCAACCACAGUUUUUCCCAUAGUAGAAAAAGGCCUUCCGUCCACAAGACCCGCAGCAAAAACAAACGCCCAAGAAGCACUUCUACUAUUAGUUGAACUAGACAAGGCGGACCCAGUGAUCGAAGAAAUCCUGCCAGCACUGUCACACAAGGUACCCAAGGUUAUUGCUGCGACGCUGACUGGUUUGAGGACAAUCUACCACAACUUUGGAUGUAAGAUUGUUGAUCCUAAGCCAGUCCUCAAGGCUCUCCCCAAAGUCUUCGGACAUGCCGACAAAAACGUUCGUGCGGAAGCGCAAAAUCUCGCAGUGGAACUUUACCGGUGGCUGAAAGACGCCAUUAAACCGCUUUUCUGGGGCGAGCUGAAGCCAGUCCAGCAAACGGACUUAGAUAAACUAUUUGAGAAUGUUAAGCAGGAACCGUCACCAAAGCAAGAGAGAUUCACUAGAGCCCAGCAAGACGCGAUGGCCGCCGCCAGUGCCGCCCCAGAAGAUGGCGAAGCCGAAGACGGCGGCGAGGACUACGAGGACGAGGAUGGCGGAGAGGUUGAUGCUUUUGAUUUCGCAGAACCUGUCGAUGUGAUGCCCAAGGUUCCAAAAGACUUACACGAGCAGUUAUCAUCGUCCAAAUGGAAAGACAGGAAGGAGGCACUAGAUGGUCUGCAAGCCGCGCUGAAUGUCCCGAGAAUUAAAGAUGGUCCAUUUGACGAUAUCGUACGAGCACUAGCUAAGUGCAUGAAAGACGCUAAUAUUGCAGUUGUGACUGUCUCCGCUAACUGCGUCGAUCUACUCGCCAAGGGCCUUCGCAGCGGAUUUGCUAAAUACCGCUCAGCAAUAAUGUCCCCUAUGCUGGAGCGCCUAAAGGAAAAGAAGCAGAGCGUUGCAGAUGCAUUAGGCCAAGCCUUAGACUCGGUCUUCGCCUCGACUAACCUGACAGAAUGCUUGGAGGAAAUCCUUGAGUUCUUGAAGCACAAGAAUCCUCAGGUGAAGCAAGAGACCCUCAAGUUCCUGAUCCGAUGUCUCCGUACCACUCGGGAUGUUCCAUCAAAAGCGGAGGUCAAGUCAAUCGCUGAAGCGGCUACCAAGCUCCUUACCGAAUCUAGUGAGGUCAACCGAGCCGGAGGAGCAGAGAUCCUUGGUACAUUGAUGAAGAUCAUGGGCGAGCGAGCGAUGAAUCCCUACCUCGAAGGACUUGAUGAUAUCCGAAAAACGAAGAUCAAGGAGUUUUUUGAAACCGCCGAGGUUAAAGCAAAAGAUAGACCUAAGCCUAUUGUUGGUGCACCAAAGGCUGUGCCGGCAGCUGGUAAGAAGGUCGUCGGUGGAAAGAAGCCAGCGAUGGGAGUGAAACGGCCCGCUCCGGCGGCGGCACCACCGCCAGCUGAAGAGCCAGCGUCUGCCCCAUCCCCUGCUAAGAGACCUGUGUCAUCGAAAUUGGGGGGCCCCAAGGCUGGUGGGCUUCCCACGCCCGGCUCUAAUCUCAAGAAAAGGUUAGGCGGUCCUGGAGGUUUAGCGUCACCACAACGACGGGUUGUUUCUCCUCCCGAGGAGCCCGCCCCUCCUGCUGCUCCAAAGUUUGGCCUUGGACGAGGACUUGCAGGACGUCCUAUCACCAAGCCAGCUGCUCCUCGUGAACCUUCGCCCCCACCAGCAGCGCCUCAAAUGAGCGGAAUGACAGCUAUUGAGCGAGCUGAGUUAGAGGAGUUGCGUGCCGAGCAGGAGCAGUUUACCAAGCUGGUCGAAGAUCUGAAGUCUGAGCGGACCAAGUUGAAAUCUCAAGUGACAGAGCUCCAGGAUCAGAACGCACAACUCAUUGAGGAUCAUACCAGGGAUGUUCUGAGCGUCAAAGCUAAGGAAACGCAACUGGUAAGGGCGCGGAGUGAUGCAGAGACCGCCGAGCAGACUGUUCAGAAGCAGCAGCGGGAAAUCGAGCGGCUGAAGCGGGAGCUGGCAAGAGCUCUCCGUGCCAGCGCUAUCAGCCCACCCAAUACUUUGCCCGAUGGUAUUAACAUGCCAUAUGGAGACGCCGCAUCGGUUUACCAGGACACGGCCAGUAAUGGGCACGGUCAUUUGUCACGUGCCCACCACAUGGGGUCACGGUUUGAGAGCUCAAGACCCAGGAGUUAUGCUUCAGCUAGCCCAAGUGAAGAGAAGGAGAACAAUGGUCUAGACUCUCCGGGGCUAGGCAGCAGAGACGGGGGGCUUGGUCGACGAAAGCUAAGCCCUACCUUUGGCACCAGUUAUUCCGGAAUGGGUAGUCCAACGCGGUCUUCCAUGCUGGGAUCUAGCAAUGCCUCCGGGGAUGAUCAGCCCACGAGAAGUACAGAGCCAGCGGAGAACUGGAAGCGAGCUGCUGAGGUGACGAGCCAGCUGAAGGCAAGGAUAGAACAAAUGAAGGCUAGGCAAGGACUCACGCGACCACCUACCCAACGCUAACGACUGAACGAUUUCAUGUUUUCUCUCUCCCUUCCCAGAUUCCCUUUAAUUCUACACGGUUUCUAUUCUCUGGCUCGGUUGCGUGCGUGUUGUGUUACAUACGGUUUAACGGGCGCACCUUUUGCUUGGGUGGGCUGGCUAGCUCCUUUAUUGUUCGUUUUGUGCCCUUCAGACUGCGAGAUUUGCUUGUCUUCAGUGGAUCGCUAAGACACGAAAGGGGGUAUCAUCUGGUUGCAUUUUAUUUUGGGAUUGUGACUUUAUACCACUAUGUUUUCAUGUAUAGAUGUUUCACCAUGCGCAUGCAGGUGGUGUAUUGUACGGGUAUUGCAUUUAUCAAUCGGAGGGAAUCGGUCCCGGGGUUAAUACAGUAUAUCCGUUCAUGAGGUUCUAGGCCAGCCGGGGCUGCAU